UAACCUACAAGGGUAUCAUUCCCUCUUCCACAGCAACCACUUUCUCUUGCUCAUUUAUACCAAGCUCUAACUCUCUAACUAACUCAACUCAAAUCAAACACAAACAAACAAACAAACAGGUCUUCCAAUAUGGAGAUGAAGAGAGAAACCAACAACAAGGAGGAUAGCAUACACACCAUAGUGUUCACAGCAGGUACAUUUCUGCUAAUGGUGUGUCUAAAACACUUUCUAGUUGAGCAAUGGCGUGCUUGGGUGUUCCUCAUCCUCAAUGUCAUUCUUUUAGCCAUUCUUUUCAUGUCUCUGAGGCCAACCAACUUAGAUCACAGUUCAGAAACUGAAAGCAGUGUUGAACAAGUGAAGAGUGACAACAAAGAGAAAAAGAAACCAAAUGGGGGUUCUCAAGAAACUGAAGAAGGAAAAGAUUGCUACAUAAAGCAAAGUUGGAGUAGUAGUAGUAGUACUAGUACUGGUAGUAAUACUGAUACUUAUGUUGAUGCUGAGAAUGAAGUUGCAGAAGAAGAUGAGGAAGAUGCGGAGGAAGAGGAGCAGGUUCCAGUGCUGUCCAAGGAGGAGUUGAAUGAGAGAGUGGAAGCUUUCAUUACCAUGUUUAGGCAGCACUUGAUCUCUGAUGUCAAACAAGCUGAAAGUUUCAGACUCCACAAGAUUGAAGUGUCUUGCUGUUGAGCCUAUGUUCUAAGAAAACAGCUACAAAUUUUGUUUCAUUAUUAAUAUUUUUGUCAUUAUUUGUUCUAAAUGAUCAAGGAUGUGUCUUACUGCUGCUAUAAUGUUUGGAUUGAUCCA